AUGGAGGUACAAUUUAAAGUCUAUACAUUUUGGAAUGAGAAUGAUAAGCCAGAAGUGAGAAGAUUUGGGAUAGACAAAAGUGUUGUAACUAGCUUUCAGUAUUUGAAUGCUAAGCUUCAAGAUAUUUUUCCUAAAUUGAAAGGAAAAACAUUCUCCGUGCUUUGGAAAGAUGAAGAAGGUGAUGAUGUGAUGAUUUCAUCGGAUGAUGAAAUAAUGAUUGCACUGACAUCAAUGUCUGAUGAUCUUAAAAAGCUCUAUGUCUACUGCAAAGACCCUGGAGAACAGCAUGAUGAGUGUGAUAUUGUAAUUACUUCAGUAGCUGGUAAUGGACAGAGCAGUAGCAAUGUCAUACACAGUGGUGUGGUGUGUGAUGGUUGCGACUCUCCAGUAACUGGUUUCCGCUACAAUUGCACUUACUGUGAUGACUAUGACCUGUGUUCCAAGUGUGAAGCAGCAGGAAUGCAUCCCGAACACUGUAUGGUGCGAGUACCAGUACCUUCUUUGCCUCGCCCCAUGAUCAAAGCUGCUGUAAAAAGGUCGCGUUAUUUCUUAAAAUCAUUACGCACGGUUGAAGAGCAAUGCAAGAAACAACGUCAUGAGGGCGAAAAACAGCGAGAGCAUACCCAUGGUCAUGGUCACGGUCACGGUCAUCGUCGUCAAGGGCGCGAUGACCACCGCCGUAAACAUAUAAGCUGGCUUGAUAUCUUUGCCUCAUCCUUAAAUGAAUUCUCAAACCCCGCCGGUGAUAUCCGUGUUGCGGCUCAAACCAAUCCAGGAAACCAGGAAAAUGUAGGGCAGAACGCAGCAAAGUCCCAAGAAGCUACCUCUAGUGCUGCAUCAGGCGAAAACCCAAAGCCUCCCCAAUGUCCCUUCACAAGUGACAAAGCCUAUAUUGAAAAUUUUAUAAGGGAUUACGUGUUGGGAAUACCCAAGCCAUCAACAUCUAAGCCGGAUGUAGAAAUCGGGCAGGGUGAUAGGAAGACAGAGAAAAAUGAAAAGCCUGAUGGGGCCAUGUCAAAAGCAGCUGAAGAUUCUACGUCCAAGGCAGCUCAAGAUUCUACGUCCAAAGCAGCUGAAAGCAACAAAGAUGAAUCUCCUGAUAGAACUGAUGGCUGGACUGUGAUUAACGAAGAUGUGAUGGAAACAGAGGCAAAGGGGACUGAACCAGAACGUCCCAUUGGCUUUAACUUGCCUGAAGAGUUCCAAGAACGAGUGCGCAUUAGCGAAGGGCAGAGUCUCUACCCGCCUCUUAACACUGCGACUGCUGUGAUGAAUCCCAAAGAAGCUGCGAUGGACCAAGCAGCAAAGCCCAGUGCUCCGGAAGAACCUGAAAAGGAAGCCGCAAAGCCUAAGGUUGCUGAAUCGAAACCCAAGGAUGCCAAGCCUGAGACUGCUCGUCAUCCAAUGGCUCACAUUCAAGCAGCUCUAGAGCAGAUGAUGUCAAUGGGUUUCACCAACGAAGCUGACUGGCUCACACAGCUCCUUGAGACCAAGGAUGGCAACAUUUCUGCAGUCCUUGACUUGCUUACCCCCACUAACCCUAAGAAGUAA